CAGACAGAGGAUGCACACUUGGACCAUCUCCCUCUCUCUCUUCUUAGAUCGUAUCUCCAUCCUGAACUUCUUCUUCUCAGAUCUCUUUCGAUCAUCGUGAUGGGCAAGAAAGGCAAAGAGGACGCUGUUCCCUCCCCCGCCGCGAUCGUGAACAAAGACAUCAUGCAGCGGCUCAACUUCAUGUAUCAAGCAAGCGUGUACCUUAGCUCACUCGGCCAGCCCGAAAGCUCGACUUCGACUGCCGAUCCCGCGUUACGGAAUGAAGAGAGGGGGGACGAAGGCAGAGAUAGCCUGCAGAAACGGAGGCAGAAGAAGAUAAAGAACGUCAAGCGCAGGGCGAAAAUGACUGCCCCCGACCUCGCGCGCACGUAUGUCGGCGCGAUGAAGGUCGUCGCGAGCCGGACUACGGUACGCAUUGACCCCGCGGUGAAACGGACCCUCUGCCCUGCAUGCGACGGCGUGCUCGUCCCCGGACACACAGUCUCUGUGCGCGUACGGCCGUCGAAAACGCACACGCACACGAUGGCGUUUACGUGCAAGUCCUGCGGUGCAACGCGCCGAAUCCCUGCCCCGCCAUCGAUAUCCGGCUCUUCGUCCCCGCCGCCCAGUCUUCAGCAGCCGAGUGGAGACGAUCUCACUCCCAAUCCAAAUGCAAACCCAGGCAGACGAAAGCGUCGGAGGCCCGCCCGCGCGAAACGGCCGCCCCUGGCGGCGCGUGCUGAUGCGGGACACGUCGUCGUGCGCGGUGCAGACGCGUUGUUGCCGGCUGAGACCGCGGACGGGGAUGGGAUAUGGGUCACGUAACAGUCGUCGCGUUCCGUGUCGGAUUCCGGCUGUGUGCAUAUUCGUUCCGGGUCUCUGAUAUUACAAGUGUAUAAUGAUGAUAGCCGUCAGCUGCGGCUCACUCCAGCGCCCAGUUGUUCUCCUUGAUGAGCUUCUCGCGCUCGAGCAGGUACUUGCCUGUCCCAGGCAGUCAGCAGGCGGGGAGGACCCGAGCAAACGAGCAACCAGCCCACACGCUCGUUGCAGC